CUACUGGCCCUGACUCCCUAUAAGGGGUGGCCUGAAUCAGACUUGCACAGGAGCCUGAGACAGCACGUGAGAGUCUCCUGCAGCCUCUGCUCGCAGCACCAUGAAAGUCCCUGCAGCUGCCAUCGCUGUUCUCCUCGCCGUUGCCACCCUCUGCAUCCCUUCAUCUGCCUCCCCAUAUGCCUCGGACACCACACCCUGCUGCUUUGCCUACCUCGCCCGCCCACUGCCCCGCGCCCACCUCAAGGAGUAUUUCUACACCAGCGGCAAGUGCUCCAACCCAGCAGUCGUCUUUGUCACCCGAAAGAACCGCCAGGUGUGUGCCAACCCAGAGAAGAAAUGGGUGCGGGAGUACAUCAAUGCUUUCGAGAUGAGCUAGGAUGGACGGCACCUUGAACCUGAACUUGUGCAAACUUUCCUGUUGCUGCUUGCUCUUGUCCUAACAAGCUUGGGAGGCUACUCCCCGAAAUCCUCUACUCCCAUCCCCUCUUUGGAGGCCACAGAUUCCAAAGAACCACAAGGCAGCAGUUAUAAAAUCCUCCCCCAUCUGAAUGCUUAGGAAUGAUUAUGGUUUGCAAAUUUUCUUGGGUAUGAUAGGAAC